GUUAUCAAGCAAAUUACAUGGCAUCGAAAGGGUGAUUAUUUUUCGACCGUAACACCUGAUGCGGGAAGCCAAGCUGUCUUGAUUCAUCAACUCUCGAGACAUCAAACACAGCAACCAUUUCGCAGGAGUAGGGGUCUGUCUAGUUCAGUGUGUGACGUUCCACCUUAUAAAGUCCUUAUUCUUUGUUGCG